AUGGGCCCGGUGGUCAAUAACCGGGUGUGGUUCCGCGUUGAGCACGGCGCGCAGCUGCGAACCUACGCCUUGACACUGAAUGCUGAUGAAGAUGAUGCUCUGGAGAAUGCGCAGAUGGAAUAUAUCUACGAGGAGCAGAUGGCCGAUGCCGCAUUUCCACUGGUCAGUCUCAACGGUCUGGUAUACGGCUGGAACACCGGCGCUACGAAGAACACGAGUUCCUACACUUUUGGUCCCGCUUCGCUCCUCUUCGAACACAAUAUCCGCAAUCCCAAGCGCAUUAGAAAAGAAGCGGCAUUCGACGUGUGGGGCCACUGUUUCUACCUCUGUGGCGGCUAUCCCGCGAAGGGCCGCAACCGCGACAUCCUUGCCACCGGCGAAGUGUACAACGCGGCGACCAACCAAUGGAGCAGUCUGCCGGUAAUGUUCCAGUCGCGCUGCAGUUUCGCCGCCAAAGUCCACAAAGGCUACCUGUACGUGACGGGCGGCGUCGGAGAGGUUCCGGCGGCCGGAACAACCGUUCUCCGCAGCGGCGAGCGACUGCAGUUGGGCGUGGCCGGCGCCCGGUGGCAGCGCCUUCCCGACCUGGCUGUGCCCCGUUACGGACACUGCAUGUUCGUCUUGCAUGAUAAGCUGCACGUGUGCGGAGGCUGCAACCGCGACGGGAUGCCGCUAACCGGGAUGGAAGUGUACGAUGCUUCGUUGAAUCUGUGGAGCAGUGUGCGGCCAGCCGAGCGACCCGGAGUACGGCAGGCACCGGUAUCGGCCUGCGUGACGCUUGCGGUUCCAUAUAAAGUGCUGUGUUGAUGACGGACGGCCUUUACGCUAAUAGUUGUUUUCUUACUUUCGAUUAGUGCGUUGCUCCGUUUUAUGUUACAGGUAAUUUGAUGUGUACUGUACCUGUUGGUUGUUGUUGCAGUUCGUGAUCUGUGUAGAUACGAGUUCAAACACCCACUCUGUCCAACUGCUUGAAACUUAAUGCGAAUUCAAAACGA